AUGCGGGUCACCAGAGUUUUACAAGCUCUGUCUCCACAGGCCAAAAAGCUGUAUGAGGAACUUCUUCAUGAAUCUGGGAAGUUUCAGGACUAUAAUUUUCGGGCCUAUUUCACACGAAAAGUUCGUAAGUCCUUUGGUGAAAUGGAGACAAUGGAGGAACCUCAGUUAGCUAAAGCAUUGAAAAAGAACGAAGAACUACUUGCCGUACUGCGACGUCAGACCACAUUGAGCCACUUGUACCCAACCAAGAAAACAUUGCUGGAAUAG